AGAUGGCCUCUUUCUCGAUGGCAUGUUCGAAGAUGUGUGCUUCAUCGUUUGCAGCGAGAUUUGUUCUCUCUAACCUGAGGUCAAACAUAGGUAUGGAGUAAUUAUUGUAGAUUUAUUUUCUUGCACUCUUUGAAUCGUGAGAUUGAAGACAACUUAUGCAGAAAAACAUUUCUCAAAUUUGAUUUGAACUAUACAGUACAGCACUAAGCUUAUACAGCUACAUUAUAGCAAUCAUUUGAACCCCAUUUGAACUACCUUCAGAGUUGUAAGAAAAGGGUUUUAGUCACCUCUGUUUUGUGACUCUUGAAUCUUUCGCCUUUUUAAAAUCUAAAUAUUAAAAUGUCGUACAUGAACCACGAGCACAGGAAAAAAUAACAGAUUUUGGAUAGUUUAGGGUAUUUUAAGAAUACCCACAAAAAUCCCAAAUUUGGAAGAGUGAGACAAGUCCCAACCAGGGACCUUGGUUGGGAAUUCCCUGGUUGGGACUUGUCUCACUUUGCCAAAUUUGGGAUUUUUAUGGGUAAACCCUAAAAUAUCCAAAAAUGGGAAUCUGUUAUUUUUUUCCUGUGGAGCCACGAGCCACGAGCCACGAGCCACGAGCCGUAUAAAUGCAUUAGUCAAUUCCAGCUGCGCCCACCCCCGCUUCCCCCCCAGGCUGAACCCAGGGCAUUAGCAUUUUUUUGCCUUGGGUGGCAAAUUCCCGGGGGUGGGGACUCUGGAACUGUAAAAUCCCCUGCAGUGCGGAUGAAGAAAGAGAGCAAAAGGGGGCAAAUGCCACAACCUCCAUUUAACACUGCAACAUUUUUCAUUAAUCGCACAGUCAAGUAGUGCCAUUUUGAGCAUUUCAAUGUGCGAUUUUUUGUUUGUGCUAUUCUAAUUAAGACUUCACACUGCAAUGACACCAGUUUAUGGUUUUAGUAUUGUUAUAAAAUUGACAUUAAAAUUAAUAGUGUGCUGUAAAGUUAUCUGUUCUGAAUAGUUUUGUGAACACAAAAGGGUGUUCUUCAAAUAACAUCAACAGAAAUUUGAUUCAACGACCAAAAAAACAUUGAGUCAUGUCAAUAGCUCCCAAUUUCACAAUGUAAUUCUGGCUUGAUAAGGAAUGAAGAAAUGCAUGCAUAAAAUCGAGAACAUACCUUUACGACCCUCUACAAUUUCUUUCGUCUUUGACAGAUCUGCUUGUUUUUCCAGUAAAAUCCUUUGUGUAGUUAUAUUCGCAUAGGAAACCACAUGUGCGUCAAAAGCUUGGGGGUAGCUCCGGAGUUGACAAAUGCCCGACCCCUGGGCAGCACAAACUUUGUUAAUGCCCUACCCCGGGACUGACAUUCAGGGCAGAAAAACGUAAUGAGCAUGCGUGAACUUUUUAGCCCAGAUCCCCUGGCAAGGUUUGAAAAAAUGGCAGGAUUUCAAAUAUUUUAUUGCCUAAAAAUAAAAUGUUUCCACUCAUAACCUGGAAAGAACAGGCAAUUUGUCUUCAAAAGUUGCAAGCUGUGGUUAUAACCUUGUCGUUACUUAAUUUUCUCGAAGAAUACCUCAUAGUAAAACGGACAUUAAAGGCAUUAAUUUCCUUGCGUUGUACUGGAAAUGUGCACGCGUAGGUCCGAUUUUUUUUUUCAAGAUGCAUUCAUGAAAUGUGUUCAUAUAAGGAAGUUCCUGAAUAUAUAAGGUCCGGACCUCCACUUGUACUGUGGACAAAAAAACAACAUAUCUUUGGACAGUGAUUUGCCCAAAAAAAUUAACGCUUGCCCAUAAUGUGUUUGAAGUCACUGAACUUUGUCUCACUUGAGCUGACUUUUAAAACCUGGCUCGAUCGGACACUCGUAGUUUCGCAGAUCAUUAAAAUAUAAACAAAAUCCUCAAUGUAGAAGUUAUUGCGUUGAUAUGUGGGCAGAAAAAAGGUCAAUCUUUAUCCAGUAAAAUCUUCCCAAAAAUCAGCUUCAAAGCAACUAUAGUUUUUUAAACUUGCUCGUUUCGCGCAGAUAUAUAAAUUUUGCUUUGUGUUGUCAAGUUGAACACGCAUAACAUCUGUCAAAAACCAAUGCAUAAGUAGGAUUUCCUUCAAACAAAGUUAAAGUUACAUUACUUCAAGAACUCCUUGCUGACAAUGAAGAAAUGAAUUUUCUGUGCGAAAACAACCUUAUACCAAAAGAUCUUAAAAGCAAAAGAUCAGUUGCAACUUGGCAGCCAAGCCAUGAUUCACCAUUUAGCUAUUUUCAAUAAGGUUAACCGUUCCAUGCGAGGGUCUUCAUUUAAGCAAAUUAAACUCAGCCGAUCAUUAGAAAAUACAGAAAAUUGCACAUACGGGUUUGUUUUGCUCGCCUCAGUCAAAUCAAGCUGCAGCAAUUGUUUACGAGAAAAGAGUCAAUUGUUUUGAAGUCACUGCCGGGAGUUAUCCUUCUCUACUUCACAGCGAGUGAAAAGGACAAUUUGCGUACAGAAAGUUAUUCUUCAGACAGAACAGGAACUUUCACAGCGCACUGGAAAACAAAACUAUGUAAUGAAAAAUGAAAAAAACUCUGACUAUUAUUACUUGAGCAACAAAAAAAUGAUCUUGAGUAAGCUUGCUAGCCUUCUAUCUCCGAGAAAGUUUAAUAAGAGCACAAGUUUGUUCACUCUGAUGCGUUAUAACAGCAAUAUGGUUCUUUGACUGAAGACAAAGAUAAAGCUGGUUCUGCAAAGGUAAUAAAUCUGGGCAUAUAAAAAAGUAACAGUAACUACUGACAACAGAAUACAAGCAGGUUUUAAUUCAACCUGGCGAAAUCAACUCAUAAAUUAAUGGGAUGCACAAUCAGAAAAAUACUCGCCUCUUAAGAAAUGUUCAAACCUCAGACUGACGGAAUGAUCCGUUUUUCCUUUAACAUUGGUUGUUCUGAAUCCAAAGUAAUUUUCAAGCGACGAAAAAAAAGCAAACAUGUUAAAUAAAAAUGCUUUACAGGGAGCAAACGUUCGCACCUCAUGCAUUUCGUUCAGAACUCCAGCAACAAACAAACACAAUCGACACACAGAAAAGCCCACCUUGAGCCUGCGAUAAGGGAUGCGCAGAAGCUUGCGCAGAAUGUUUUUCCGCCCUUAAGGACUGACAAGGCAGGCAAAUGCCCUGCAGUAGCCUGGGGAGAGGGGAGUGGGGGGUGCUGGGCACAGCUGGAAUUGACUGAUGCAUAAAGCUAAAAGUGAAGCAAUUUCUACCCGCUACCAUCGAUCUUCCCUGUCGGUAAAAACCCAGAGAUUGCAUUUUCUUGUUUUUGUUCAAUUUGGAGACAAAUAAGGCCCGGUUCAGACGCUGAACUUUUCAUGAGCCGAACCUAAUUGGAAUUCACAGGAAAAAAUAACAGAUUCCCAUUUCUGGAUAUUUUAGGGUAUUUAAAGAAUACCCAUAAAAAUCCCAAAUUUGGCAAAGUGAGACAAGUCCCAACCAGGGAAUUCCCAACCAAGUUCCUUGAUUGGGACUUGUCUCACUCUUCCAAAUUUGGGAUUUUUGUGGGUAUUCUUUAAAUACCCUAAAAUAUCCAAAAAUGGGAGUCCGUUAUUUUUUCCUGUGAUUAAGACCGACCCAAACUAUUAAGACUGGCUGAAUUGAUUCAGACGCCAAUCUUAAUUGCAGCUGAACUUGGUUCAAAAGGUGAAAAAUGUUCCUUUCAGUCAAACUGCUUACAAAAUAUGUUAUAAUAAUUUAUGCAUUAGGUUUGGUACAUGAAAAGUUCAGUGUCUGAAUCAAAGCUGUUCCAAAGUCGCCCUAAAGGCAAAAUUCCAAGCCGGGCUAGGCGAAAAGAAGAGCUGAGCCAUUCCAAAUUCAAACAGGCGUUCCUAAUUGAUUCAGACGCCAAACUUUUCAUGAACUUAAUUCAAUGUAUUAGGUUCGGCUCAUGAAAUGUUCGGCAUCUGAACCAGGCCUUAUGUUAAGGAUAUGUGGUAAAAUUUCGAGCCUUUAAAUUCAAUUUAUCUUUGUAGAGUUGUCAAAUUUUCAGCAUUCAAGUGAGAAUAUUAUGCCCAUUGAUGACUUGGUGAGGGGCAGGGGUGGGGAGGGAAAGUUUAGGCUUCAAAAUCUUGCACAGAGUGAGGAACAGGGCACAGCCUGUUACAUUGCGACAGUAUUUAUUUUCAAACAUGUAACUAAGAGACAUGUUGGAGAGGGACUGCCUUUUAAGGCAGUCCCUCUCCAACAUCACAAGUUAAGGUAACUUAAAAGCUACCUUAACUUGUGACGUUUUGUUCUUUAUCCUUGAUGCUGAUAGGGACUCUUUAAGGCAAGGUUGUUUGUUAUAUUUUAGGAGCUGUUUCUCAGACUCGUCUACUGACCUCUAAUCAGCAGUCCAAUGGCAAAGUCGAUAAGUCACUUCUCUCUAAACUAAGGAAAGAAACAGGCUUUGGAUUUGCUAAAUGCAUGGAAAGUCUGCGGUUGAAUAAGAAUGAUUACAAUGAAGCUCUGAGAUGGCUGGAGGCAGAGGCAGAGAAACAAGGCUGGGAAAAGGCAACUAAACUGCAAGGAAGGACAGUUUCAGAGGGUCUUGUUGGUGUUCUGGUGGAUGGUAACUUUGCUGCCAUGGUUGAGGUGACUAAGUUGUUUCAGUUUAUUUUGGCUUGUGAUCAUUUUAACCUACUCAUCCCCAGAAGAGGCAUAUUAAAUCAAAAUUCAACGACAACUGAACAUUUCAUUUUACAAAAUGCUGAGAAUAACAAAUGGUACCAUGUGAAGGACUUGUCACACCACAAGACUCUGUCCACAGACUACAUGUUCUCAUUGGGAUUGAAAUGCUUAAGAAGAUAAAAUAAUUUUAUUUGAAAAUAUUUGGACCAUGUUUAAUCUGUUAAACAUUAAGCAAGAAGUUCCACACAAAUGAAAUCAAUUUGUGUAUUUAAGGAUGUAAUUGAACAACAAACUAUUUUCAUAUUGCUCAUAUGUUUUUUUAAAGUACACAUGAAAACGAUUAAGGUCAGUUUUUCUUUUAACUUUGAAGCCUUUGGAUUUCGAACUCUGACAAAAAAACAGUGAAACCUUUAAAACCAGCUAAGAAUAACAAACAUUUUAUUUCUCCUCAUAGCAACACUGCUCGGGCAAUAGGCCAUUUGCAUGAUGAUGUCAUUUUACUACUAAGACCAGAAUCCAUCAGGGUUUUGCUUUCUUGUGCAAAUUAGUGCUUUUGUUAUUUAAACCUCUCUGGGAUUACCAAAUUAAAAUGUGACAGGAAAAUCCCAUCUGGGGCUCAGAUUUUUUCUGUGUUCUCUUAUGGUUGAUUCUUUGCAUCUCCGUUUAUUUCCUUUAUAAUAUGAAAGGAAAAUCGUAAAGGAUUCUGGUCGUAGUGGCAAAAUGAUGCAAUUGUGCAAAUUUCCUAUUGUUAACAGUGUGCAAAAGAAAGAAAUGAUCAGCAAGUGAAAAUGUAUAGAGAAGAAUGCAGAGAAUGUACAUGCUGAUAAAAAUCAAUCAAUCAAUCAAUGAAUAACGAUUUAGAGGUAGCACAUCCACUAUAGAGUGGGACUUCGUCUAUCUGAUUCCUGGUCGAAUUUGAAUUUGGAAAUGUUGGUUUUUGACUAGGGAGUAAAGCCUGAGUACCAGGACAAAAAUGCUCUAAAAGCAAGGGAGGGAACCAACAACAAACUCAACCCACAUACGGCAAAAUACCAGGAUUUGAACCCGGGCCACAUUGAUGGGAGGCGAUUGCUCUCACUACUGCACCACCACCCUUGCUCUGGUAUAAUAGUUUAAAGGCUUAUUGCAACCACUCAGCUUUCUAAUUAUUAACAAUGUUUUCAGAAUAGAAAAUAACUGAGUGUUUUUUCUCCCACCCAUUGUGUUAACAUCAUGACCCGUCGGUUUUGGUUAAACAGUGAGAUUUUAUGAAGAAAUUAGAGGGCCACAGGGUUCCAAUAGAUCUUAGUCAACAAAACAAUAUAAAGAGGAUUGUUCUUGUUCUUUUAGGUUAACUGUGAGACUGAUUUUGUAGCGAGGAAUGAACUUUUUGUAGACUUGGUCUCCAAUAUUGCAAAUAUAGCAGUUUCGAAGCGCAAGAAGAUCGUUGAUCAAAACCAAAAGAUAAAUGCAUUUGGUAGUCAACUUGAGCACCUGCGAGAGGUUAUCCCUGAGCACAAACUGCGAAAUGAGAAAAUACAAAACAGCAAUGGAGAAACUGUGGGAGAUUCUGUGACCAGAACUAUUGGCAAACUAGGAGAAAACAUCAAAAUAAAUAAAGUGGUAACCAUGACAACUGAAGAAGCCAAUGUGAUUGGUAGGUAUGUACAUGGCUCCUUUGUGACGUCAUCUGGAGGAUGCUUUUUGGGGAGGUACGGCGGAAUUGUUGUUAUAAAACCCAAGCACGAUGAAGUCAAAUUGGAUUCCAUGUUUAGUUUGGCAAAUAAAUUAGCACAGCAUGUUGUGGGGAUGAAUCCAGCAGUGAUUUCCGAACACGACAGGGAAGAUAAGGAAGCUGAAAAGGGUGACAGUAGUGAUGUAUUGCUUGAGCAAGACUAUUUGCUCGAUGAAAAAAUGACAGUGAAGGAUUUGGUGGAGAAGGAACAAGUUGAAGUUGUUGAUUUUGUUAGAUAUGAAUGCGGGGCAUAAACAGCUUAAUAACCAAGAGCUUAAACGUUUAUUUCUGAAUAGACCGAGCCAUUUUAUAAAGAAAGAAGCUAUUAAAUAAACUUUGC